AUGUGUCCCACGCAGUGUCAUUCAUUCACCUUGCGCCUUACAUUGUCAAGAGAGCCAUCUCUCUUGGCAAAGAUGGCACCAGCCAUCUCUCUUGACAAAAUCUACCUUGCCUUGCACCCACCACCAGCUGAUCAACCCACCGUGCAGGUGCACCUUUCACCUACCGCGGCACUGCCUCACACCCACUGCCUCACACCCACUGCCUCACACCCACUGCCUCACACCCACUGCCUCACACCCACUGCCUCACACCCACUGCCUCACACCCACUGCCUCACACCCACUGCCUCACACCCACUGCCUCACACCCACUGCCUCACACCCACUGCCUCACACCCACUGCCUCACACCCACUGCCUCACACCCACUGCCUCACACCCACUGCCUCACACCCACUGCCUCACACCCACUACUGCCUCACACCCACUGCCUCACACCCACUGCCUCACACCCACUGCCUCACACCCACUGCCUCACACCCACUGCCUCACACCCACUGCCCCACACCCACUGCCUCACACCCACUGCCUCACACCCACUGCCUCACACCCACUGCCUCACACCCACUGCCUCACACCCACUGCCUCACACCCACUGCCUCACACCCACUGCCUCACACCCACUGCCUCACACCCACUGCCUCACACCCACUGCCCCACACCCACUGCCCCACACCCACUGCCCCACACCCACUGCCCCACACCCACUGCCUCACACCCACUGCCCCACACCCACUGCCUCACACCCACUGCCUUACACCCACUGCCUCACACCCACUGCCUCACACCCACUGCCCCACACCCACUGCCCCACACCCACUGCCUCACACCCACUGCCCCACACCCACUGCCUCACACCCACUGCCCCACACCCACUGCCUCACACCCACUGCCUCACACCCACUGCCUCACACCCACUGCCCCACACCCACUGCCCCACACCCACUGCCUCACACCCACUGCCUCACACCCACUGCCUCACACCCACUGCCCCACACCCACUGCCUCACACCCACUGCCUCACACCCACUGCCCCACACCCACUGCCCCACACCCACUGCCCCACACCCACUGCCUCACACCCACUGCCCCACACCCACUGCCUCACACCCACUGCCUUACACCCACUGCCUCACACCCACUGCCUCACACCCACUGCCCCACACCCACUGCCCCACACCCACUGCCUCACACCCACUGCCCCACACCCACUGCCUCACACCCACUGCCCCACACCCACUGCCUCACACCCACUGCCUCACACCCACUGCCUCACACCCACUGCCCCACACCCACUGCCUCACACCCACUGCCUCACACCCACUGCCUCACACCCACUGCCUCACACCCACUGCCUCACACCCACUGCCCCACACCCACUGCCUCACACCCACUGCCCCACACCCACUGCCCCACAACCACUGCCUCACACCCACUGCCCCACACCGACUGCCUCACACCCACUGCCUCACACCCACUCCCUCACACCCACUGCCUCACACCCACUGCCUCACACCCACUGCCUCACACCCACUGCCUCACACCCACUGCCUCACACCCACUGCCUCACACCCACUGCCCCACACCCACUGCCCCACACCCACUGCCUCACACCCACUGCCUCACACCCACUGCCUCACAUCCACUGCCUCACACCCACUGCCUCACACCCACUGCCUCACACCCACUGCCCCACACCCACUGCCUCACACCCACUGCCUCACACCCACUGCCCCACACCCACUGCCCCACACCCACUGCCCCACACCCACUGCCUCACACCCACUGCCUCACACCCACUGCCUCACAUCCACUGCCUCACACCCACUGCCUCACACCCACUGCCUCACACCCACUGCCUCACAUCCACUGCCUCACACCCACUGCCUCACACCCACUGCCUCACACCCACUGCCUCACACCCACUGCCUCACACCACUGCCUCACACCCACUGCCUCACACCCACUGCCUCACACCCACUGCCUCACACCUACUGCCUCGCUCCCAUGCUUUGCACGCACCGAGUGGCUGACUGCAAGGUUGCCUUGGCAUGCCGCAACACUGCCUCUGCCAACUCACACACUCGCCCUCCCUCUCCCCUGCCAUCUCCUCCUCUCCCCCCUUCUCCCCUGCUCCCUUUUGAGGCGCCUCAAAAGCCCUCUCCCCUGCCACCCCUCCUCUCCCCCCUUCUCCCCUGCUCCGCUCCUUCUAUCUUGCUCUCCUUGCCUCAUGCCACAUUACAAGCCACCUCACACCCACCGCCUUGCACGCACCGAGUGGCUGACUGCUGGGUUGCCUUGCCAUGCCACAACACCAUCUCUGCCAACUCACACAGCAAUACCCUCCCCUGUCCCGCCUCCCCUUUCCCCGUUCUCCGCCACUCCUACGCUUUUUCAGCUUUUUGCACAGCUGUGUGUGGGGCGAACAGGGGAGACAGCACCAUCAUGGGUGACAGCACCAUCAGGAGGGGUGACAGCACCAUCAGGGGUGACAGCACCGUCAGGGGUGACAGCACCAUCAGGGGUGACAGCACCAUCAGGAGGGGUGACAGCACCAUCAGGGGUGACAGCACCAUCAGGAGGGGAGAGCACCAUCAGGAGGGGAGAGCACCAUCAGGAGGGGAGAGUACCAUCAGCUCAGUUGGAUACUCAGCUUGUUGACCUCACUAGCCAAAUUCCCCAGUCCUUCCUUGCCUCCCCCUCUCCUUCCGCCUUGCUAGCCAGCAGCCUGUCGCACCACAGCGUGUGGGGCGAACAGGGGAGAAACUUGCCUUUCUCCGAGAAAGCACCAUCAGCUCAGUCAGAUGAGCAGCUUGCUGACCUCACCAGUGUAACGAGGUGA